AUGUGCCCGUGUCCCCGGCAUCGCGGCCGCGGGCCUCCGGCCGUGUGCGGUUGUGGCGACGCUCGUCCCGGGCUUCGCUGGGCGGCGGCGCAGGUGACCGCGCUGAGGCUGCAGGCGCUGGGCGACGAGCUGCACCGACGCGCCAUGCGGCGCCGCGCGCGGCCCCGGGACCCGCUGCCCGCGCUGCUGCCCGCGCUCCGCGCCGGCUGGCCUUGGCUGUGCGCGGCCGCGCAGGUGGCGGCGCUGGCGGCCUGGCUGCUCGGCAGGCGGAGCGCGUAGGCGGCGCGCGCGGGGCCUUCUUGGUGGGGGGGGGACCGGAGCCGAGACCCAGCCCGGACCGAGCAACAGGUUGGCGAAACCCUGUGUCCUUGGAAGAAGCUGGUUCCGUUUUCCUGAGGGGGGAGCCUGGAGCUCGGAGCUUGGAAGGGAAGCGGAGUGUAAAGACCCACCCAGAGCUGACGGUGGAAACACGGACUGAGGAAGCCCUCGGGAAGUCCAGCUGCAGAGCUAGCCACCCCAAUGCUAUUUACAUAUAGCUAUAUAUAUAUAUACACACACACACACACACACAAAAGAGAGAAAAUACAAAAUUCCCUAUCUGUGCAUGCCUGCAGGGGACACGGUCCCUUUCCUUUCCCCACCUCACGAUGUGAACUCAGACUUUGUAAUGUCUAGGGCAGCGGGGGAAGAGAGAAAGAUGCUUGCUGCUGUGUGCACAGGAAACUUACAUGGACCAGUGGGAUCAGCCUCAGCGUGGACCAACUGCCCAGCACAGAUGCUGGCGUGGAGUAGAGGGAACUUGGCCGAAGGAGAGAUGGACAAAGACAGAGGGGACAUGGGGGCAACCUGGGGUCCCUCCGUUUCUUGACGUGUCCUAGCUUCUCUCUGACCCUGUCUAGACAGUUCUCUAAGAUCUCAUGGUCACAGCCAGAGAAAUGGGAUGUCAUUUUCUUUUCCUAGCUAUCUAGUGUGUCUGGUGCUUCAAAUCUUCUUGGUGCUAAAUGUGUCCUUGAUACGGCCAGGGUCUUGCAGAUAGAC